UUGGAACGCCACUUCUGGGGGCGAGUCCUCUCGGGAUUUCUUGUCCUGCUUCCCCUCAUCAUCACCGCCUGGAUACUCGUCUUCGCUUUUCACCAGCUUGACGGCCUCUUUGGUGGGCUGUCCGAUGCGCUCAUCAGGACAACACCGAUUGACGAAGGCUUCCCCAAAGUUGCCGCAUUUGUCGCAGGCAUCCUAAGCGUCGUCUUCGGCGUGGCGCUGCUCUACUUCUUCGGCACGCUGAUGACCCUUCGCAUUGGACGAAUGGCAGUGGAUGUGAAAGUCGCGGUUCUCUCCCACAUCCCUCUGGUCAAGAACAUCUACGGCGUUGCGAAGCAAGCGACCGACAGCCUCACGACACCGUCAGGACAGGAAGUCAAUCGCGUCGUUCUGAUCGAAUGGCCCCGUCCCGGCCUGUUCGCUCUCGGCUUCACCACCGGACACUCACACCCAAGCAGACCCGGACGAUGCCGUUCUGGUCGUUGUGUACAUCCCCACCGUGCCGAAUCCCACAUCCGGCAACCUCGCAUUCGUCCGUGA